AUGUAUCACCUUCGUUAUGGUUCAUUCGAGUUCAUCACGGCAGGGCUCACCCCGCUCUGUUUCCAAGAAGGGCCCGUGGGUACUUCGGGAAUCUUAGAACACAGAGGUGCAAUCUUCCUACACACGAAAUGCAGAGAAGGAGGUGGGAAGCCAUGGGCCACAGAGCGCGCGGGAGCUCCGACCGUCCAGCGGAGUGCUGGGGAAAUCCUGCCUAACACUGUGGCGUCGUGGCCCUGGGAACCGGCCAGGGCAGCCCGUGGGCCACGUCCGCAAGCCACGCAGUCCCGCAGGUUAAGGACCUGCCCAGGGCCCGGCGGAGCAUCCUUUACUCUCACCCUACCCCUGCUAGAGGGCGAGCGAGCACGCAGAAAGCAGGCUCACCAGUCUCAGCCUAGUCGGGUGGGAAGCGACCGCGAGUCCCAGCCAGCAGGCCGCCAGGCCACCAAGCCGCGGAGCCCCUCACCGGCUUGCUCCGAGUCCCUCACCGCACCUAGCUACCCUGCGCCCCGCCUCGUCGGAGCCCCGCCCAGCAUCGCUAGUCACACGCCAUGUGGCGCUGCGGCGGUUGGCGGGUGCAAGAAGCACUGCAGGGGCUGCAGUACACAGCACAGAGUAUGGAGGGGGAUGAGUAACCCAGCUUGUGAGAGAGCGCUGCAGUAUAAGGUGGGAGAAAAGAUCCUCGGCUUCACCGUAAACCAGGUAACAUCUAUUCCUGAACUCUUUCUAACUGCAGUGAAGCUCAGCCAUGACAACACAGGAGCCAGAUAUUUGCACCUGGCAAGAGAAGACACAAAUAAUGUGUUCAGUGUGCAAUUUCGUACUACCCCAAUGGAUAGUACUGGUGUUCCACAUGUUCUCGAGCAUACAGUCCUGUGUGGCUCUCAGAAAUAUCCAUGUAGAGAUCCUUUCUUCAAAAUGUUGAACAGGUCAUUAUCCACUUUCAUGAACGCCUUCACAGCUAGUGAUUUUACUCAGUAUCCGUUUUCCACACAAAAUCACAAGGAUUUUCAGAAUCUCCUCUCAGUAUAUUUGGAUGCAACCUUUUUUCCAUGCUUGCGGGAACUAGAUUUCUGGCAGGAAGGAUGGAGACUAGAACAUGAGGAUCCAAGUGAUCCCCAGACGCCUUUGAUCUUCAAAGGCGUUGUCUUUAAUGAAAUGAAGGGAGCAUUUACAGAUAAUAAGAGGAUAUUCUCCCAGCACCUUCAGAACAAAAUUCUUCCUGACCACACUUACUCAGUGAUCUCCGGAGGUGAUCCACUGUGCAUCCCAGAGCUCACAUGGGAGCAGCUUAAACAGUUUCAUGCUACUCACUACCACCCAAGUAAUGCCAGGUUCUUCACUUAUGGUAAUUUUCAAUUAGAACAGCAUCUGAGACAAAUUCAUGAAGAAGCACUGAGUAAAUUUCAGAAAAUUGAACCAAAUACUGCAGUGCCAGCUCAGAAGCACUGGGAUAAGCCAAGGGAAUUCCAGAUAACAUGUGGCCCACAUUCACUUGCUGCAGACACCUCUAAACUGGUCAGCGUUAGCUUCCUCUUGCCAGAUAUCACUGACACAUUUGAAGCCUUCACAUUAAGUCUUCUGUCUUCUCUCUUGGUUGCUGGGCCCAAUUCCCCCUUUUACAAAGCUUUAAUUGAAUUUGGACUUGGCACAGACUUUUCUCCUGAUGUUGGAUAUAACGGAAACACAAAGGAGGCGUAUUUCAGCCUGGGCCUCCAAGGGAUUGCAGAGAAAGAUAUUCAGAAGGUCAGGGACCUUGUGGAUAGCACGUUUGACGAAGUAGUUGAGAAAGGAUUUGAAGAUGAUCAAAUAGAAGCUUUACUUCAUAAAAUUGAAAUUCAAAUGAAGCAUCAGUCAACCAGUUUUGGACGUGCCCUGAUAUCGUACGUAGCUUCCUGCUGGAAUCAUGAUGGAGACCCUGUGGAACUCUUGCAGUUGGGAAAUCAGUUGACUAAAUUUAGGCAGUGCCUUAAGGAAAAUCCUAAAUUUUUGCAAGAGAAAGUGAAACAAUAUUUUAUGGUAAGAAAAUUGGAGUAUUUAUUUCUUUAAUUUUUAAGUUGGAUUUCAAAAUAUUAGAAGGAACAUUAGGGGAACAUAAUGUGUAUAUUUAUGUAAGUUAGUUUCUAAUAAUGUAUAGAUGUCAGAAUGUCUUAAUUUCUAGUUAAAAAUGUAAAUGCUUACACUAACAUUGUUUUCCAAGUUUUAAUGCAAGUUGAUCUUUUUCAUACUAAUAUCUGUGUCCAUUUUUAUAUAUGUAUGUAUUAACAAAAUGUGUACAUUUUCCUAUUUUGUUAAUGGAAGAGUAAUAUAAACUAUAAGAACAGUUAAGUACACUGUAUACUCUCUAUUUUUAUGACUGAGUUCUUUUGGUGUUUGCUUGCAUUCCUGGAUUUCUAGGCAUUUAUACUUGGCUUUAUUCUUG